AUGCACACGUUGGUGCUCAUCCAUAGUCCCAGAUCCACAGCCACAGCUGCCAAGCGAAGGCGUCUCCGGGGAAAGACAGGCAUCAAUAGCAAAGAAGGCAAGCCGUGGGCGGAUGCAGGAGUGUCGCCGGAGAGCUCAUCCAUAGUCCCAGUAAUAGUCCAGCCACAGCUGCCGCCGGAGAGCUCAUCCAUAGUCCCAUUAAUAGUCCAGCCACAGCUGCCGCCGGAGAGCUCAUCCAUAGUCCCACAAGAGUGCGGCGGCACAGAGCGGAUCUUGAACAAGCAGAUCGCUCAGGCGAAGAGUUUGGCUCAGAAGAAAGCCAAAGAGGGUGAGCUCAAUGCUCACGAGGAGGAUCUGCUGAACAAGUGCCAGACUGCUGCGGACUUGAAGAAGCAGCUGGGGAAGAUGACGAAGGAGGAGCAGCACGAGUGGUACAGGAGUGAAAAGAAGUCCCACCGCCAGGACGGUGGUGGUGGCGGUGUGUCUAAGAAGAGAACAUUUGCCACCGCCGUCGGGGUUGUCGAAGACACUCGGCGGGCUUCCAUGAGAAACAGCGAGCAGGAUAGGUGGUGGCUUGAGAAAGACUGGGUCGCCAGAGAGAUGAACUUGGGCCUCGUGAAGAGCUACGAGGAUGGGCGGGCGAAGUUCUUGAAAAGGUGUCAGGAUGAUGACACCGAGAGCAAACAGUUGAGAGGCGUCUGGAUGCUGAAGGAGUUUGGUGGCUUGCUGGGCGAGCUCGCACAGGAGCACAGCGUAGCAGGAACUCUUCGCCAGCGAGUGGACGUCACAGACCAAAACGAGCUGGCUGUCUGCCAAGAGCAGACAGCACAGAGGCUCAAAAAGGCCGGUGAAAGGCUGGCAACCGAAAAGGCCAUGCUCGACCAAGGCAUGGAAAACGCCUCGGUGCCGGGACUGCAUGUCGCCCGAGACCUCGAUCAGCUCAAGCAGGAAGAGGCUCUGCGAGAUCAAAGGUGGAUGGAAACGGUGCUGGAGAAGCAACAAGCCGACAAGGAAAGGCAAGAGAACAAGGGCAAGAAAAAGCCCGUUAGGGCAGUGCUCUUCCUGCAGAUCAAGAAUGCCCAUGCCCGGGAGGAGACCAUGCUUGCCUCCGCACACGGCAAGCAGCAGGAAGCCUUCACCGGCCUGAGAGAAGAGACUCAGGCAAUGAUGGCAGAGGAAGACGAAGGAACAAAGAAAGAGUUCCAGUCAACAAUGGAUGCACUCGAAGAGGACUUGGGCAAGCUUCUUCAAUCCAUCCCUGAGCUCGCAGCAAACCGGAACAUCAAGGAGGAGGAGAUGGCAACGACGGAGGACGAUGACGAGCUGCUCAACUACCUGAAGGAGGCCACGGAGGCGUGCAAGAAGGGUCCUGGGGACUGGCCACAGCUGAAGGCGGUGAAGGACAGGAUGAAGGCCUUCCGAGGUUUGGUCAACGAUGCCAAAAAGGCUUUGGCCAAAAAGGACUCGCUGGCCAAGAAGAAGGCAAAGAACAAGGCCCUCGCCGCUGCCACAUCUGCGAACGGCACCUCGUCGCAAGCCGCAGCUGACGUCGCAAUCAGCCCGGAGAUGCUGGAUUGUGUCUGCUGGAUGCGAAAGGAGCUGUUGAAGCCAAAAUGGGCGAAGCUUCAGAAAGGCAGCAACGGGGUGUGGUUCAAUCUGCAGGAUGAUAUGCUGGAUCAGAUGCCGGGCAAAGGCCCAGUGCUGAUCCCUGCCGAGCAAAUCACAGGCCUGCUCAAGAGUGUUCAGGAUCUGGUUUACUACCAGUCCCAGAAGCAGUGGUUAGGAGAGAAGAUGAAGACAGAUGGCAGAGGUGUAACCACUGCGGUGAUCGGACGAGAGGCAGUUGCGAAGCAAGUUCUCGGCUUCAUCGCCAAGAGCCUGCCGGUGGCAGUCGCUGACCGCCUUUCGCUUCCGGGGGAUGAAGAUCUGCUGGACCUGUGGAGGCCCAUGUUCUGCCAGUGCAUGGGCGGCCGUGUGGACACCAGCACAGCCUUCAGCCUGCCAGAGCUGACGGUGCAUCUCGAGGGGACAAGCGUUUUCUUCGCCGGCUUCCGUGCCAGCGAGGAAACACAGCUCGGGGACUUCAAAGCCCUCACGUCGCAAGAGUUCCUUGACCGCUGCGAGUGGUUUGCAAACUUGUCCUCCGGCCAGGGCAUCGUCCUGCCGCCAGGGAUGGUGUACAUCAUGAUCAACACGGAGUACGACGUCGAGAAGGAAGACAGCCCCGAAAGCAUUCCAGCCCACAUGCUGAAGUUGUUCGUAAUGACGGCGAGCUCCUGCAAAUGGGCAUCGACAAGCCUUGCAAAGGUGGUCGCCCGCACCCCCGAGCUGGGUGCCAAAAGAACAGGUAAACUUCUGAACCACUUCCUCAGCGUGCUGGACUAA